AUGAAUCAGGCCUCCCUGUAUCACCGAGCUAAUGAGGUGCAACGUCACGAUGCCGAACAAAUUAUCCAAGAAUAUGUCGAUAAAUUUGAGUGGCGCCAUGACGGUAUGGAUUGUCUGUUGGAUGUGGGUACAGGUUCGGGUGAUGUCCUAAUGGAUUUCGUCUAUCCAAUAAUGCCGAAAAAAUUCGAUCGCAUUGUGGGUUCGGAUAUUUCACGAAAAAUGAUCGAAUUUGCCCGGAAGUGUUAUCGUGAUGUGAAGCAAUGUGAAUUCAAGGUUUUGGAUAUUGGAACAGAGGAGAAGCUACCCAAAGAUAUGAAGGGGGCAUUUGAUCAUGUGACAUCGUUCUACUGUCUUCAUUGGAUACAAAAUCAAAGACAAGCUUUACAAAAUAUCUAUGAUCUACUGCGUCCUGAGGGUGGUGACUGUCUGCUGGUGUUUUUGGCCUCCAAUGCCGUUUAUGAUGUUUGCAAGCUAUUAAGUAAAUCCACCAAUUGGUCACCCUAUAUGCAGGAUGUAAAUCGUUUCAUCUCUCCACUACACCAUUCGAAUGAUGCGAAGUGGGAAUUUACACAAAUGCUGAAGGAGACGGGCUUCACUCAGCUUCAUGUGGAGAUGAGGGAUAAGGUUUACAUCUAUCAGAACGAAGAGAUAUUAAAAGAUAACUUUAAAGCCAUUUGCCCCUUCUUGGAGCGCAUACCCUUAUCGCAGCACAAUGACUUCUUGGAUGAUUUUGUAGAUACUGUUACGAGUCUGGAUUUAAGACGCUGCGAUCCUAAUGGCAAAACCCACAAAUUCCUAUCACCCUAUAAACUAAUUGUGGCCUAUGCCAAGAAGCCGGCAUUAGUGGAAAAUCUUCUCAGCGAAUUAAUUAUAUCCGCCGAAGAGGAGGAGAAGAAGCAAGAGAAUGGUGUAGAAAAGAAAAAUAUAAAAUAG